GGCAUUAAUUGAAACAAAUGCCAGAUGCAUGGGUCCGAUGGUGCUACAGAAUCUUAUCUGUCUGAAACAUCCCUGGAAAAAAACACUGAAAAUACUUACAUUUGGAACAUGAGCAUGGAGUGUAUCGCCAGGCUGCGAUUUGUUCUUCUCGUUUUGAUAGUUGGAUUGUGUCAUUUUCUGAAGCCCGUGAGUGCGGGAUGGGAUGACAUCCCCGAGCCGGUGACGGAUGAAUGGGAGACCAUCCGCCUUUGGCCCAGCGGGAUCGUGCCCUACAACAUUUCUGACGGCAUGUAUGACGUCCGGAAGCGGGGCGUGUUGCUAGCGGCUAUGCGGCGCUGGGAGUUCCGCACAUGUGUGCGCUUCGAACCCUGGAGUGCCGACAAGUUCCCAAACACGGCCGUUAACCUCUUUAGUGUCGGCAAUUGCUUCUCUCGUACGGGUAUGCAACAAAAUCAGCCGCAACUUCUUGGACUGGGAUCCGGAUGUUUUAAGAUGUGGACAGUGCUGCACGAGUUGGGCCACACCCUUGGCCUCGUGCACGAGAUGGAGCGGGUGGACAGGGACAUGUACAUCCAAGUGCACUUCCAAAACCUGAACCCGGCGUCCGUGCGCAACUUCCACACGAGCGACGAGAAGCACGUAUUCUACGACCUCCGGGACACGCCGUACGACUACACCAGUAUCAUGCACUAUGGACCGAGGUUUUGGUCUGCAAAUAAGCAGCCGACAAUCGAGACGCUGGAUCCCGCCUACCAACACGUGAUCGGAAACACGGAUGACGUCAGCUUUUACGACGCCCUAUACGUAAACAGGGCAUACAACUGCUCCGCACGAUGCCCGGAGUCUUUGCGCGGGCUGUGUCAGCACGGUGGGUUUGUGGGCGGGGCGAGUUGCCGGUGUGUGUGUCCCCCUGGUUAUCGCGGCGAGUUCUGUGAACAGACCAUUCCCGGGAACAACCACAUGGUUGAGUGGCAAUGCCAGAAGGGCUGGGACUACAACGAGGGCACGUGCUACCUCUUGGCUACGGAUACACGUUCAUACGCACGUGCAAGUGUCACAUGUCGCAUCAAGGGUGGCACUCUAGCUAUCUUUAAGGAGAGGAGAGCAAUGGAGUGGUUACGACUGCGCAUAGGGGAGGCGAGGAUGGUGGAGGGUCAUGGUCACCUCUGGGUCGGCGUGGCCAGGGAAGCGGGCGAAACUGAAGUCACAUGGGCCGACGAAACGCUUGUAGACUCAAAUCUCAUCUCGGUUAGGGACGGCGUGUCAAGUGAGGUCAAGGGAUGUGGGCGGUACGACGGCGAGACGGUCACUCUUGAGGACUGUGCCACAACUUCCGGUUACAUCUGCCAAAAGCCGCACGACCCUACAUGUGGCGGGCGGUAUAUGGCGACUCUCGGUGGGCGGACAAUACAGAGCCCGGGCUUCCCGAGCAGCUACCCGUCUGACAGUAGCUGUACAUACGUCAUACAGACGAACCCUGGCUCACGGAUUCGUGUCCACUUCGACGACAGUUCGUUGCUUGAGGCGAACUGUGACAAUGAUUAUGUGGACAUCAACCUGGCAAACAAUGUAACAGCAGAGUUCACAAGGUACUGCGGAGAGUCAUUAAGUGGCACAAUAUUCACCUCCGAGGGCAGUCUGACCGUGCUCAUCUUCCGCUCAAAUAGCCGGUUCUCCUACCGGGGAUUCCGUGCCACCGUGACGGAACUUCCGGCACCUGGAUCCACCACGCCGAUCUCCUUCCUGGACGUGCUCAGGGACGCCCUGCGACCCCCGGGCCGAGACGAAAAUGAGGGUGAGGAGACACGAUGGAGUCUGAGCGCCCUCUAUCGCCUCACUAGAAACAUGGCGUUUUCUAGGCUUACAAAGUGAAUGACACUCAAUGUUGUUGCGAUGGCAUCUUGGGUUUUCUUCAGAGUUUGUUAUGUAUACUACGGUACUGGUCAAAACAUUGUGAACAUUGUUUUCUAUUUAAAUAUUAGUUUUUUUAGUAGAGAUAUUCCAGUUUUCAAGUUUGGUAUUGAAUGCAAAUGUUUGGGUGAAAAAAUGGCGUAGUAAAAUCUCAUUGUUCAUAAUGAUAUUCUUAAAGUGCCAAAUCUGUGUAUUUUAUGUUAUCCUUUUACAUAAAAACAAAAACGA